CAUUCCUGCUCCCCUCAUGCGUAAAGGGACAAAGUCUGUAGACAGGGCUGUGGGAUGGCCGGGGCUCUGCUCGGCAGCUGUGCCCUGCCCUGCUGCGUGGACUGGCAUGCAGGAAGGUCAGGUGGGCAUGGCGGCAGAGAUGGCACUGAGCCACCGAGCACCCCGUGAGGUGCUGAGUGAGGCUGAACUGGAGGAGGUGGCACAGAGGAAGCCUCCCGCAAAGGGCUCGAUUGGUCUUCGCAAGAUCAGAUGCACGGGCUCCACUGCCAAGUCCCUGCUGUUCCGUUUCCUGCCCUUCCUGUACUGGCUGCCCCGCUACCCAGUCAAGGACUGGCUCCUGGGGGACAUCAUUUCAGGCUUCAGUGUGGGCAUCAUGCACCUGCCCCAGGGUCUUGCCUACGCGCUGCUGGCUGGGUUGCCACCCGUCACUGGUCUCUACUCUUCCUUUUACCCUGUCUUCCUCUACUUCUUCUUCGGGACAUCAAGGCACAACUCCGUGGGUCCUUUCGCCGUCAUCUCCGUCAUGAUUGGGAGCUUGACAGAGUCCCUGCUGCCUAGUGAGAACUUUGUGGAGUCUGUCAAUGGCAGCAAUGCCACGGUCAAUGAGGCAUUGCGGGACGCUGCCAGGGUGGAGCUGGUCGCCACCAUCACUGUCCUUACAGGCAUCUUCCAGGUGGCCCUGGGUCUCCUGCAGUUUGGAUUUGUGGUGACCUACCUCUCGGACCCUUUGGUGCGUGGCUACACCACUGCUGCCUCCGUGCACGUCCUCAUCUCCCAGCUCAAGAAUGUCUUCGGGAUCUCCAUAGGCGAGCACUCGGGGCCACUUUCAUUGUUUGUGACUUUCAUUGAGAUCUGCAAGAAGCUGCCAGACACCAAUGUGGGCACCCUGGUGACCGCCAUCAUUGCCAUGGUGGCCAUCUUCAUUGUGAAACAGCUCAACCACAAGUUUGCCGCCAAGCUGCCCAUGCCCAUCCCCAUCGAGCUUAUCACGAUCAUUGUCUCCACCGGCAUCUCCUACGGCGUCAACCUGAAUGACAAGUUUGGCAUCUCCGUGGUGGGCACCAUCCCCAGCGGGUUGAAGCCACCUGUGGUCCCUAAUUUCAGCUACUUUGGGCAGGUGGUAGGCAAUGCCUUUGCCAUUGCCGUGGUUGGCUAUGCCAUCUGCAUCUCCCUGGGCAAGAUCUUUGCCCUGAAGCAUGGCUACAAAGUGGACAGCAACCAGGAGCUGAUCGCGCUGGGCCUCUGCAACUUCCUGGGAGGCUUCUUCCAGUGUUUUGCCAUCAGCUGUUCCAUGUCACGGAGCCUGGUACAGGAGACCACGGGUGGCAACAGUCAGGUAGCUGGUGUCAUUGCAUCCCUGGUCAUCCUGGUGACCAUCCUGAAGAUUGGAGAGCUCUUCUACGACCUGCCCAAGGCCAUCUUGUCUGCCAUCAUCAUCGUCAACCUCAAGGGCAUGUUUAAGCAGUUCAGUGACCUCAGCACGCUCUGGAAGUCCAACCGGGUGGACCUGAUGGUCUGGAUUGUGACAUUUGUGGCCACCCUCCUGCUGAACUUGGACAUUGGCCUGGCAGCCUCGGUGGCCUUUGGGCUGCUCACAGUCAUCUUCCGCACCCAGCUCCCCCACUACUCCAUCCUGGGGCGCAUCUCCAACACCGAUGUCUACAGGGAUGUGGCGGAAUACGAGAUGGCACAGGAGAUCCCUGGCGUGAAGAUCUUCCGCUCCUCCUGCACCCUCUACUUUGCCAACGUGGAGCUGUACGCUGAUGCCCUGAAGAAGAAGAGUGGCAUCAAUGUGGACCGCCUGAUUGAGAAGAAAAAGAAGGCCCUCAAGAAGCUGAAGAAACAACAGAAGAAAGCAGAGAAGGAAAAGGCAAAGAAGAAAAAGAACGCAGAGGACGGUCCAGGCGUGGCAGUGAUUGAAUUGAAUGCAGGGGAGAACAGUGUGCCCUCAGAGCCCACCCUGCGCAGCCUGGGGCUGCCCCAGCCCAGCUUCCAUGCUAUCAUCUUGGACUUCAGCUCUGUCAGCUUCGUGGAUACCGUCUCCAUCAAGAUCCUGAAGAAUAUCUUCAGGGAUUUCCGUGAAAUAGAAGUGGACGUCUUCAUUGCCAGCUGCCCGGGGUCCGUGCUGGCCCAGAUGGAACGUGGCAACUUCUUCAGUUCAACCAUCACCAAGCACUCCUUCUUCCCCUCUGUGCACGAUGCCGUGGAGCACAUCAGCAGGAAGCGGCACCAGGCCUCGGCGGACCGCAGCACCAGGAUGUAGUCCUGCAAGAGGAAGACGUCUCCCCGAGGAGCCGGGCGGGCAAGAAGGAUUCUGCCAUCCUGAUGGCACCAACUCACCCACCCCGGGGCCCGAAGGCCCUGUACCCCCACCAGCCCUUCUGGACUCUGACCACCAGGGUCCUGCCCUGUCUGUGACCCCCUGUGAUGGGGCUGCUGCUGGACGGAGCUGCUGCUGGCCCUCACACCGAGGGGCCGCCUGGUGCCCCCACUUGGUGACCCCACUUGGUGCUCCUGCUCUGCCCCAGCACGGGCCUGUCCCACUGGGCCAUGAUGUGGUUUGGGGGGCAGUGGAGGGGUCAAGGGGGUCCCACUCCCAGCAGUGGGCUGGCAUCGCCAAUAAAGCAUCGUGGUGUUUCU